AUGGAGGAGAACUUGAAUCCCUUAGUUGUUCUGAAUUUGUUUAAGCGCAUCCCCGCUGAAGAUGUCCCUUUACUUCUGAUGAACCCAGAAGCUUGAAAGCCCUCUGAUUUGAUUCUCACCCGACUUUUGGUGCCUCCCUUGUGUAUCAGACCCUCUGUCGUGAGUGAUUUGAAGUCUGGAACCAAUAAAGAUGACCUGACAAUGAAACUGACAGAGAUCAUUUUCCUAAAUGAUGUUAUUAAAAAGCACCGGAUCUCAGGAGCCAAGACGCAGAUGAUCAUGGAGGACUGGGAUUUCCUGCAGCUGCAGUGUGCCUUCUACAUCAACAGUGAGCUCUCUGGCAUCCCCCUCAUCAUGGCCCCCAAGAAGUGGACUCGAGGCUUUGUCCAGCGCCUGAAGGGCAAGCAGGGUCGAUUUAGAGGUAAUCUGUCAGGGAAGAGGGUGGAUUUUUCUGGCCGAACAGUCAUCUCACCUGACCCCAACCUCCGGAUUGAUGAAGUAGCUGUGCCAGUUCAUGUGAACAAAGCAAACAUCAAUUUUUUGAGGAAACUGGUUCGAAAUGGCCCUGAUGUUCACCCAGGAGCCAAUUUCAUCCAGCAGAGACACAUGCAGAUGAAAAGGUUCCUGAAGUAUGGAAACCGGGAAAAGAUGGCUCAGGAGCUCAAGUUCGGCGACAUCGUAGAGAGACACCUGAUAGAUGGAGAUGUGGUGUUGUUCAACCGGCAGCCCUCUCUGCACAAACUGAGCAUCAUGGCCCAUCUGUCUCCCACCCUGGGGAUAGAGCCUUGGAAGCUGGCCAAGUAUGAGCUACUAAAUGCUGGCUACAAGAAGUGUGAUGAAUACAUUGAAGCCCUGAACACAGGCAAGCUGCAGCAGCAGCCAGGCUGCACUGCUGAGGAGACACUAGAGGCCCUGAUCCUGAAGGUGCUGUCUGUGAUCCAGGACCACCCUGGCAGUGCCUGCCUCCAAGAGCUAGACAAGAGCAACAGCUCCUUCACCAUGGCCCUGUGUGGCUCCAAAGCUAGUACUCUCCCUCCCCCUCAUCAGGCAUAUGUAACGCCAUGUCCUUUCUGUAUUCAGGCAGUGUUUCCAUGUCAGAGCGAACCUGCUCUCAGUAAGAACGAGCUCACCUUGACCACUGAGGCCAUCAUGAAGAAGAACGAGUUCCUCUGCUGCCAAGACAGCUUCCUGCAGGAAAAAACAUUCAUUAAAGGGGUGUCUGAGAAGACCAAGAAAACCAGAGAUAAAUAUGUCAUCAACGAUUAUGGCACAACAGAGCCUCGUGUGCUGUACCAGUUGGACCUUAUCACCCCCACCCAGAAGUUUCUGGAGACCUGUAGGGACAAGUACAUGAGGGCACAGAUGGAGCCAGGCUCUGCAGUGGGUGCACUCUGUGCACAGAGCAUUGGUGAGCCAGGCACCCAGAUGACCCUGAAGACUUUCCACUUUGCAGGGUAG